UGUGAUUAUCACCUUGUUUCAUCAAACUACUUCAUCUCAUUUAUUUCAAUCGUAUUGAGUAAGGUUUGAACCCUUCUUGUUGUUUCUGUAACAAAAAAAAAACAUGGCUUCUGCUUCAUCUCCAGCUAUGCUUCAAAGAUCGGAUUCUAUCGCAGACAAAAUGCCUGAUGCACUGAAACAAAGCCGGUACCAUAUGAAGAGAUGUUUCGCCAGCUUUGUUAAAGGAGGAAAGAGGCUAAUGAAGCGUGAGAAUCUGAUGAAUGAGAUUGAGAAAUGUAUAGAAGAUAGUCUUGAACGCAAGAAGAUCAUGGAAGGACUGUUUGGUUACAUUCUCUCUUGUACUCAGGAAGCAGCAGUGGUUCCACCGUUUGUUGCAUUAGCCGCGAGACCAAACCCUGGUUUUUGGGAGUAUGUUAAGGUCAAUGCUGGAGACCUAACAGUUGAUGAAAUCACAGCCACGGAUUACUUGAAGCUCAAGGAAACUGUUUUCGAUGAGUCAUGGGCUAACGAUGAAAAUGCAUUGGAGAUAGACUUUGGAGCUAUUGACUUCACAACUCCUCGGCUUACUCUUCCUACUUCAAUUGGAAAUGGAGCUGAUUACAUCUCUAAGUUUAUGUCUUCUAAGCUUGGAGGCAAAUCUGAUAAACUAGAACCAUUGUUGAACUACUUGCUUAGCCUUAACCAUCACGGAGAGAAUCUUAUGAUCAAUGAAGAUCUCAACACAGUUACAAAGCUCCAGAAAUCUCUGAUGCUUGCUGUGAAUGUAGUCUCCACUUACCCCAAACACACGCCUUAUGAAACUUUCUCACAAAGGUUGAAGGAAAUGGGAUUCGAGAAAGGUUGGGGAAACACAUCAGAGAGAGUUAAAGAAACUAUGGUUAUGCUCUCACAAGUUCUUGAGGCACCAGACAGUGUGAAGCUAGAUCUGCUCUUUAGCAGACUUCCCACAGUGUUCAACGUUGUGAUCUUCUCUGUCCAUGGCUAUUUUGGUCAGCAAGAUGUGCUAGGUUUACCAGAUACCGGAGGCCAGGUUGUUUACAUUCUUGAUCAAGUAAGAGCAUUAGAAGAAGAGCUGCUCAUUAGAAUUAACCAACAAGGUCUUGGAUUCAAGCCUCAGAUUCUUGUGGUGACUCGGUUAAUACCUGAAGCAAGAGGAACAAAGUGUGAUCAAGAGCUAGAAGCUAUUGAAGGAACCAAGCAUUCUCAUAUCCUCAGGGUUCCUUUUGUUACAGAGAAAGGAGUCCUCCGUCAAUGGGUUUCACGGUUUGAUAUCUACCCUUACCUUGAGAGAUUCACACAGGAUGCAACGAGCAAGAUUCUCCAACGCUUUGAUUGCAAGCCUGACCUCAUUAUUGGAAACUACACAGAUGGGAACUUGGUUGCAUCUCUAAUGGCCACCAAACUCGGUGUCACUCAAGGAACCAUUGCACAUGCCUUGGAGAAGACUAAGUAUGAAGAUUCAGAUGCAAAGUGGAAAGAGCUAGAUCCUAAGUACCAUUUCUCUUGUCAGUUCACAGCUGAUUUAAUAGCGAUGAAUGUCACUGACUUCAUCAUUACCAGCACAUAUCAAGAAAUUGCUGGAAGCAAGGAAAGACCAGGACAGUAUGAGAGUCACACUGCCUUUACAAUGCCUGGUCUAUGUAGAGUUGUCUCUGGCAUUGAUGUGUUUGAUCCCAAGUUUAACAUAGCUGCUCCUGGGGCAGAUCAAUCUGUGUACUUUCCUUACACAGAGACACAGAAGAGAUUGACCAAGUUUCAUCCUUCAAUACAAGAACUUCUCUACAAUGAGAAAGACAAUCAAGAACACAUGGGAUACCUUGCGGAAAGAGAGAAACCAAUCAUCUUCUCAAUGGCUAGACUUGACACAGUGAAGAACAUAACUGGUUUGGUUGAAUGGUAUGGUGAAGACAAGAGACUAAGAGAGAUGGCUAACCUUGUAGUUGUUGCUGGAUUCUUCGACAUGUCAAAGUCCAAUGACAGAGAAGAAAAGGCUGAGAUCAAGAAGAUGCAUGAUCUUAUCGAAAAGUAUAAACUCAAGGGGAGUUUCAGAUGGAUAGCUGCUCAAACCGAUAGGUACAGAAACAGUGAGCUUUACAGGUGCAUUGCUGAUACAAAAGGAGUCUUUGUUCAACCUGCUUUGUAUGAAGCCUUUGGUUUAACGGUUAUUGAAGCCAUGAACUGUGGACUACCAACUUUUGCUACGAACCAAGGUGGACCAGCUGAGAUUAUCGUUGAUGGUGUCUCUGGCUUCCACAUUGAUCCCAACAAUGGUGAUGAAUCUGUUGCUAAAAUUGGAGAUUUCUUCAGCAAGUGUGGUACGGAUGGUUUGUACUGGGAUACUAUCUCUAAGGGUGGUCUUAAAAGAAUCUAUGAGUGCUACACAUGGAAGAUUUAUGCAGAGAAGCUGUUGAAGAUGGGAAGCAUGUAUGGAUUCUGGAGACAGGUGAAUGAAGAUCAGAAGAAAGCUAAGCAGAGAUACAUUGAGAUGUUUUACAAUCUCCAGUUCAAACAAUUGACCAAGAAAGUGACAAUCCCUGAAGAUAAAUCUCUGCCUUUGAGAUUGGCAUCACUGCGUAACCUCCUUCCCAAGAAACCAACAUCUCUUGGAGGAGGAAGUAAGCAGAAGGAAGUGAACGAAACCGAAAAGAUGAAACAGGAAAGUAAAGACGGUCAAGAACAUAAUGAGUCUAGAGUUGGAGGAGAAGUGAGAGAGGGUUUGCUUGCAGCUGAAGCAUCAGAGAAGAUGAAGAAAGUUAUAGAAACUUCUGAAGAGACACAGAGACUAGAGAAGAUGAAGAUUGCGUACGGACAACAACAACAGCACCAAGGAGUUUCGACGGUUAGGAACUUGUUUUGGUCUGUUGUGGUUUGUCUCUACAUCUUUUACGUUUUGAAGCAGAGGUUCUUUGGAACUUACUCGGUUCAAGAGGAUUAAAAAAGUCUGUCAUGGGUAGAGAAAAGAGUCAAAAUAAAAGCUGUAAAUAUAUAAUGAAUGAAAUUUACCAUCAAUGUAAAGUUUUCAUUAAUAAAACAUAGUAUAAUCAAUGAUAAAAACUUUGUGAAUUAUUAUUUUUAUAAUGUUAUGGGCUUACCAGAUUGGACAACUUUAUAAUUGA